CUUCAUUCCUUUAAAGCUCGAUUAUGUCUCUGCCUCUGCCUCUCUACAAAGCUUUACAAACCACAAAUGCAAACAAUAUGGCAUACCCGGAGAAGAAGGAAGCAUUUGGGUCAAGCAGAGACUGGUAUUUUCCUUCCUCUCUCAACACAGACUCCGUUCAGAGGUCACCGUUUCGAUCCUACUCCACUUCUUCGGCCUCAAACCGUGAGCGUUUCUUCAGGCCAACGAAAUCACAAAGAAUUGAACGAGACUAUUCCGUUCAGAGAACAAAUCUUGGCAACACACAGCCUGCAAAUUAUGGGCGCAUUAGAUCGGAUAUACUCACAAGAUCGGAUAUUCACAUUAGGCCGGAUGCGCCAAGCCAUGAAUUCGGUGGCGGGGGAAGUAUACACAGUCUUCGGAGGAGAAGGCCCUCGAAUCCUUCGCUACCGGUGCAGCAGGUCGUGGAGAAUCUGCAAGUUAAUUUUGUGGGAGCAGAGUCAGUUAAGAGUAAAUUUUCGGCCUCAAAAUUGACCUCGUACAGGCCAUGGCCUUUGGGAAUCCUUUCUUUCAAGAAAUUUUUGCUUCCCAUGAUGUUCCUUUUUUCUCUGCUAUAUGUGUUGUUGUUACGUGAGCAACUGGCAACUCUAGAGGAAGAGCUCAAAAAGCUUCAAAUAGCAUGUGAUGGUCAAAUGAAGUACGCCAGUGAUGACAUGCAGAGCAAUGAUGCUUCAUAUGAUAGAGACGUUCGAAAUUUCGCCCUUUGUGUUGUUAUAUUCUUGCUUUCAAUUCCAUUUUUAUUCUUUAAAUAUAUUGAUGACCUGCCAUGGUUGACAAGGGCACCUAGAAAUAACCAGAGUUUGGAGGAGGCUCCAUUGAGUAAACGCAUAGCAUAUGGUGUAGAUGUUUUCUUUUCAACUUAUUCCUAUGCCAAGCCAUUGGCUCUGCUAUUUGCAACAAUACUGCUUAUUGGAGUUGGUGGUUUAGCUCUUUUUGCAGUGAGUGACGAUAGUUUUUUGCAUGCUAUGUGGAUGUCCUGGACAUAUGUAGCAGAUUCAGGCAAUCAUACAAGCAGUGUGGGGAUGGGUCCACGAAUUGUAUCUGUGUCUAUAAGCUUUGGCGGCAUGCUAAUCUUUGCUAUGAUGCUUGGGCUGGUUUCUGAUGCAAUAUCGGAGAAGGUUGAUUCACUACGCAAAGGAAAAAGUGAGGUGAUUGAGAGUAACCACACACUAAUUCUGGGAUGGAGUGACAAGCUGGCUUCAUUGUUAAAUCAGCUUGCCAUAGCAAACCAAAGCUUGGGUGGUGGUGUAGUUGUUGUCCUUGCAGAACGAGAUAAGGAAGAAAUGGAAAUGGACAUUACCAAGAUGGAAUUUGAUUUCAUGGGGACUUCUGUAAUUUGCAGGAGUGGGAGUCCUCUCAUAAUGGCUGACUUGAAAAAGGUCUCAGUGUCCAAGGCCCGUUCCAUUAUUGUCCUUGCUGAAGAUGAAAAUGCUGAUCAGAGUGAUGCACAUGCAUUAAGAGUUGUUUUAAGCCUUAUUGGAGUUAAGGAGGGUCUGAGAGGUCAUAUAGUUGUAGAAAUGAGCGAUCUUGACAAUGAACCACUGGUGAAGCUUGUUGGAGGAGACCUUGUUGAGACUGUUGUGGCACAUGAUGUGAUUGGACGCCUGAUGAUUCAGUGUGCUCGCCAACCUGGUCUUGCACAGAUUUGGGAAAAUGUUCUUGGGUUUGAGGGUGCUGAAUUUUAUAUAAAAAGAUGGCCAGAGCUGGAUGGCAUGCAAUUUGAAGAUGUUCUGAUUUCCUUCCCUGAUGCAAUCCCUUGUGGAGUUAAAGUUGCCAAGGGUGGAGGAAAUAUAUUAUUGAAUCCUGAUGAUGAUUAUGUACUGAGGGAGGGCGAUGAGAUUCUAGUUAUUGCAGAAGAUGAUGAUUCUUAUGCUCCAGGACCUCUGCCAGAGGUUAGGAAUACACAGUUGGUAGAUAUCACUCGACCACCAAGAAAGCCCCAGAAGAUUCUACUUUGUGGAUGGCGGCGGGACAUUGAUGAUAUGGUUUUGGUGCGGAGAGGGUUCAUUCCCGAAGUUGUUUGCCCUCAGAAGUUUCCAGAGAGGAUCCUUGUCUGCGGUUGGCGACGUGAUAUUGAUGAUAUGAUUAUGGUACUUGAUGCAUUUUUGGCCCCUAGUUCAGAGUUGUGGAUGUUCAAUAGGGUUUCAGAAAAUGAAAGGGACAACAAAUUAAUUGUUGGUGGCCUUGAUCCAAGUCGUUUAGAAAAUAUAACACUUGUUCAUCGGGAGGGAAAUGCAGCUAUUCGUCGCCACCUUGAGAGUCUUCCUCUUGAGACGUUUGAUGCUAUUUUGAUCCUUGCAGAUGAGUCGAUGGAUGGCUCAGUUGUCCAGGCAGAUUCUCAAUCUCUCGCAACUCUAUUGCUAAUCCGUGAUAUUCAGUCUAAGCGUUUGCCUUUGGAAGCCAAUACGACUCAAGUUCAUCAAACAAAUAAUUCUGAAAACUCCUGGAUUGGCGAAAUGCAACAGGCUUCUGUCAAAUCAAUCAUUAUAAGUGAAAUCCUAGAUUCUAGAACUAAAAACCUUUUAACUGUUUCUAGAAUUAGUGAUUAUGUUCUUUCAAAUGAGCUUGUUAGCAUGGCAUUAGCUAUGGUAGCUGAGGACAGGCAGAUCAAUUGUGUAUUAGAGGAACUAUUUUCAGAAGAGGGAAAUGAGAUGUACAUACGUCGUGCAGAGUUUUACCUGGAUGACCAGGAAGAAUUAAAUUUUUAUGAAAUAAUGGUACGCGCACGACAGAGGAGAGAAAUUGCUAUAGGCUACCGUUUGGCAUCUGCAGACCAACCAAUCAUCAACCCUCCAGACAAAGGCACCCAAAGAAGGUGGUCAGUAGAGGAUUAUUUUGUUGUUCUUGCUGAGGAUGAAUAAAUUGCUUUGGUUGACACCUUGAGCUAAAUUGUUCCCAGGAAAGGUUGGACUCAAAGAAUUUGUUUGUAGUUCAUAUCUAAAAGUCGCUCAAAACAUUAUGGACAGUGGAAGCUUAAAGUCUCUAACCUAGUGGUCCCAUGAAGGGGGGACUUUCAGUAUUUACUAUGUGGCUUUUCAAGAGUUCUAGAGAAUCAUGCAGAUGAAAUGGUUCCGUGGUACCUUAAAUUUUCUGCUCAGCUACAGAAAUUUGAAUUUUCAGAUUAGCGACGGAAAUCUGUAUCUGAGAAUUUUGAAGGAUAAUGAAAAAAUUAACUUGAAACUCCAUACAGUUGCCAUUAGGCUAUAAAUUUCUGAAGACAAGUAAAGAGGGUGUUGCGAAGUUUCAGCUCCUGCCCCCUGGCAUCUACUAACUUUCCUUCUAAAUGAUGCCUGCUCCAUAAUAUUAGUUAAAGAUAAUUUUUUCCCUGCAUUCUGUAUCUAGCAGUUUCCAUGCGGUUCUCUGCACAGCAAACAUAGGAGCUAUCAAUCAUCAUAUUUCUUGGGACAUGAUACAGAUGCGAUGUACAAUCAGAUUGAUUAUUAUGAUAUUGUCCACACAAUAAAACUACGUCCAUGCUUGGUGGCAACUGGUGCCAAGCAGGAACUGAAUAAUAACUUCUAAGGAUGCUGGUGGUACAUAGUUCUGGUUGGCUUGAGAUUCAAUGCCUUAAGACUCUAAAGCAUAUCAUGUAAGAUACGGUCUCUCAGAAAUCAUUUUCCUUCUGAACUUUCUGGAGAAAAGUUGCAUCUUCUAUACAAUACAAAACAUUUCCGGUAAUCUAUUUGUAUGAAGUUGCUUUGACAGUUCAUUCCAUAUUUUUAUGAACCAAGAAUGCCCAGGAACACAAUCUAAUCCAGAAAUAACAGUGACCAAGAAUGAUGUUACAAACAAGAACUGAGAUAAGAAUCUAACAGAGGAGUUAAUUGCUUUUUCAUAUUUUGGGAUGCUAGUAUUUUCGAAUAUUAGAUGCAGGUACAUUUCUAUAUGAUACAUUCCCACCUAA